CAAUCUUUAAUAGACUUGAGACUAGUCGCUCUUUCUAACAGACAUAUUUGAUAUAUUUGAUCUAUUUGUCUUAAUCUCUAAUUCGUCAUCGAACUUUUAUCGAAGAUCUUUUUAAAAAUUUUGGAUCCGAGAUUCAUACCAUCACUCAAUUGGAUACUUGAAAUGACGAUGAACAGUUUGACUGAAAUGUCUUAGGUACUGUUUAUAAUAAAAAUGUAUAGCAGUGAUGUCCAAACUUUUAACCCCGUGGGUCAUUUCCGGCUAACACAGAAAUCGAAAUAGAAACGUCUGCUCGCAAUGCAUGAUCAUGCAUGAUGAUUUUUCAGGAAAAUGAUAAAAAGAAAUGAAAUGCAUCCUAGCUGAAACCUUCCGCAGGAUGACCCGGGGUAACAGCAAGCAGGGUUAUAGGGACUAAUGACGAAGGCUCAUAACACAUGCCCAGGCAACCAUCCUUGCUGAUGUGAUACUUCAAGAAAAAGAGACAGUAUAGAUAGUGAUUGUUUUUGUUAAAGUUGUCUUCCAAUGAAUUAAUCAAAGAAUUUAAGCAACUAAGAAGAGAGGAUUUUAGAAAAGAGGAUAUGCUUGUAUGGGGGAGAGGAUGCUGGAUAUGAUGUCUGAAGGUCCUGGGAAGCUCCUCUCUCUCAUUCUCUAAGAUCAUUUAGUCAGGUACUGACAUUGAGACAGGUUCUGGUUUGACAAUUUAGGUACUGGAUUGUUCACACCUGAUGAAAUUAUGGAAAUCAAGAAUACCACUUUAGCCAAAGUUAUAAUCUUUUCAAUGAAAAUUGAUGAAAAGCUAAUCCAAUGUGAUUUAUUUACAGUUAAAAAAGUACAUUUUUGAGGAGCACUAUCAAAGUAUGAAUGGAGGUAAAAGUUAUCUUCACUUGGCUGAAAGCCACAACACAUUUUGGACAACCACAGAUGAGUAAAAUAAUGAAUGCAGUAUACAAGGCACAUCCAUUGAUAGGGUAUUUUGUCUGUUUCAUACUGACAAGACGGUAGGUUCUAAAACUGUGCUGUUUAACAACUUACUGGACAAUCUGAUUUUGUGAUUGACAACAGCGUGAACAAAUCUUUCCAGUCAAAACAAAUGGACAACAUACCAGAUAGAUAAACCAAUGUUGCCAUUUAUGUAUGCUGAUCUGCAUAACCUAGCAUUCAGCAUCCUUAAGCGAUUUAUAAAACAAGAGAAGCUUGAUAGUAUUAAAAGUACUAAUGACAUUUUAUGCUUCAAUGUUGAGGACUCAAAAAAUCACAGUCACCACAUUGAAAUUGGAUUUGUUGCUGAGUCAUUUUUUUUUAAAUCUGAAGAGGCAAAAAAAAGUUAGUGAACUUCUGAUUCUUAAUUUUAAAUCAGAUUGUAAGAAAACCCAAGUAGUAGAAUCUGCUGCCCAAUUCCUCUCCAAUUAACUAUUACACUACUCUGUUGUGAAGGACAUCUCAUGUCUGGAUCUUUCUUUCAUGAUUGAAAACAAGUUAACUGCUUUAGUAAGAUUGAAACAUUUUUUACUAAUCUUUGUCAAUUUAAGACAAUUUCCAGCUUCCGAUUGUGACACAGUUUUAGCUGAAUUUUCAGAAUUCAUCAACCAGGCCAACCUGACUGGCUCUCUUUCUUCCUUUUCAAAGGAAAAAGAUUGGAUACUUUUUUUUAUGAACAUCUUUCUCAUGGACAAGCAAGUGUGGAGAGAGGUUCUUCAGUCAAUAAAAGAGAUUGAAAAUUGUAACAUGGCAGAGAGAAGUCUGGUCUCUAGGAGAAUAGUCAUUGACAGUUUCAGGCAGUUUUCAAACUUAGUUAUUUUAUAAUCACACCAAAAAUGCUUUUCCAUGCUAGAAAUGCUCACAGCAGGUACAUUAUGUAUUUGGAUGACCUUAGAAAAAAAUCUGAACAAGACAAAAGGGGAGUCAUGAGAAAAACAGAGGAUGAUGAAGGGACACAACUUAAUGUAAGAAAAAGGGCACUCGAGCGUGACAUUUAAGCUCUUGUUACAUCUGCGGAUGAACUUGCAAUGCAAGCAGGAAAAGAAGGAAAGAUUUUUUUGGUAACUAUUUCAAACAGUUUUAAGAAAAAGUGCCAAAGAAAAAGAAGGAGAUUUGAAAUCUCUAAAUAAACAGAGGAAAGGCAGAUGGAGUUGAAAACAAUAGUAUAACUGUUGUUCAUAAAACUUCAUGAAAUUUGUAAUUUACAAGUAUAAUCUUGCUUUUUAGAAAUUUUCUUUGUUUUAACAUGCACAUUUCUGUCUUUGAUAUGUUAUAUGUAUUGAAUUUCAAAACAUGCUUAUUUUGUCACUUUAAUUAAUAUAAACUAAAAUGUAUACUGUAAAAUGUAAAAAAAAAAGGCAGAUGGAGUUGAAAACACUAGUUUAACUCUUUUGCUCCGCAACAACGCACAGGACGUUGAUUUUAAAAAAGGGGGGAAAAGUCUGACCAACGCUGGGGGCAUCGGCUAUUUCAAAUGUAUUUUUUUCGUUUCUAUUUCUCCAAUUCUUGUUUUUUAUUGCUUAUCUAUUUUUAUCUAGAAUAGUUUCCCUUUGCUAAACAUCGGACUAUCCUUCAUUUAAGGUGUUUUUAUUUUGUACGAAGUUUGUAAAGAGAUGACAUUUAUUUUUUCUGUGUGCGUGUUUUUUUAACAUGGAGCAUCAACCAAGGCCAUAUAAACUUUGUAGAUCUAAAUAUUUCUUUGAUAAAGAAGUAUAAUAAUUCAGAUGACAGUGAUUUUGUUUCAUCUGAUGGUGGUAUUGAUAAAUCUAAUUAUAUAGAUCUAGAUCUAGUAAAUUAAUUUAUAGAUCUAGGUAGGUACUUCAACAGACGCUAUUCUCACGCGCCACGAGACUGCGUGAGAAUUGGUCCUCCAUAUUUGGGCGAGUAUCGUCAUUAUCGCCGGUAAACUAAUUAAAGCGUAAUUUUUUAUUUAGUAAUCGAUACUAAUUGGGUGUCAUCUGAAUCAGAAAGAAAAGCCGAUUAUUUUGAUACCAACUUUACCCGCGUGGUUUUGUUCGUUCUUUUUCUUGGACCUGUUGAAAAUAAGCUCUUUGCCUUUGGAAAUGACUUCAUCACCUGAUUUGGAUAGCUUCAUUUCUACUUUUGCCAAUGAUGCUGAAAAGGGAACUGUCAGGAAUGGGUAUGCCCUUUUUUUGUACCAACGGAAUGAGUCUGAUUUGAAAGUAACUGCUACACAGAUUGAUCAACUUUUGCAGAAGAGGGAUAGCAGUUACACAUCAAAGCAGCUGACAGUAUUGCAGAAUCUCAAGUAUAUGAUGAAUCAGAUAAAUUCCUGGAAAAGGUGAUUGAGCUCCAACUGGAUGCGGAUUCAAGACCUUUUGGAACGUCCUGUGCAAGUGCCAAGAUCAAGAAAGAAGCAGAUGCCCUCAACCAGUUUGGCUGAAACAGAAGAUGUGCUGGAAGAUGUAGACCAUGCUCAAGAGAUCUCGACUCCUGUUCAGAAGCUACGGAACGAUUGUGAACGAUGUGUGACAAAAAGGCAAGAAUGGAUAGAUAAGUAUAAUGUACUGGAUAGUAAGUUGAAGAAGAUGAGGGUAAGUUUCAAAUCUCUUUCUGGACUUUAUAAAGUUAAGCUUGUAAAUAGAAUGAAAAACAGGAAAAAUGAGGUGAUACGGAAAUUGAGGCAAGAAAAUCAAAGAUUGAAAGUAGAACUAAGAGUGGCAAAAAAGUUUAAACCUAAAACAUCUGUUGUAAAUAAAUCUUAUUAUAAAGAAAAACUUGUAUUGUUUAGGAAGGAGUUGAAAAAUGUUAAGGAUAAAGUGAACAGAAUGGUGGCUAAGUUAAGACAGUUAGAGGAACAAAGAAAAGAUUUUGAGUUGGAUACCACCAGACUAGAGCAUGUAGAAAAAGAUGUUGAGUGCCUAAAAAAGCCUAAAAUGUUUGACCCUUCCACUAGGAAAUGUAUAUAUAGCUGUAUUUUGCAUCAGGUUCCGUUUGAGAAAACUUGUUCAUUAAUUAAAUUUAUUGUCCAUGAACUAACAGGAAUCUCUUUCACAGCUCUACCAUGUACUGGGACUAUAUCUAAUAUGGCAUUAGAGCUAGGAAUCCUUUCUGACCUUCAAGUUGGUGAGCUAAUGUUUAAAGAAAAUGAGUUAACACUCUCAUGGGACUCGACACCACUUGAUGGUCAGCAAAUUAAUUCCUGCCAUAUUUCCUCAAAGCAUCAGAACCUGACUCUGCAAACUUUUGGAAUGCCUGGCGGAACAACAGAGGAUUAUCUAGAGCACAUCCUAAAUGCCAUACAUGAUAUUGGUUGUCAGUACUCUACCUACCAUGGAAUACAGCAACAUGUUGUACUGUACACUUUAUUCCAAUCUUUGCAGGCAACAUUAACUCACAGAGCCAAGGUGAAUAAGUGUGUGUCUGACAAGCUGGAAGAAAUGGUUGAUAGGAAGCUAGUGCAGUUGAAAUGUUUCUUGCACCCUUUAGAUGGAAUGGCUUCUGAAGCCCGGAAAGAGCUUAAAAAGUUGGAUGUCGAUUGGAGUGUCAGUACCUCAUUGUAUGGACAUGAAGGCUCUGCAGCUAAUCUUGUUCAUGCCCUGUCAAAGUUAAGAUACAAGGAGAACUCAAGAGACCCCAAAGGCUUUAAGGCAUAUCUGCUGAGAGAAGGUCUUAAAAAAACGUACAUUCUUCGAUAUGUUGGAAAUAGAUUGCACGUUUUAUUUCUGCUUGCUGGGAUAAUCUACAAGAUUAAAGAUUCCUUGGCAGUCUAUUUAGAAAAGUUCUGCAAGUCUAUGAAACUAAGAGAGGCAAUAGAGAAAGAUUUGACCAACCCAGAUGUAAUGGUGCAGAUAAGAGUCUUAGGUCUUUUUGGGAAGCUCUUGACAGGUCCUUGGAUGAAACUAUUUUACAAGUCCAGUGGUUUGAGAGAACUGAGCCAUUUGGAAAUGACCCCUUUUGUGAGACGAAGCAUCACUACAUUGAAGGAGCUUCAACUAAAUCCUGCUUCGAUCCUCACCCUGGAGUUUGAUGUUUUUGGACACCCUUUACUUGUUGAUGAUGUGCUUGUUGUGCUAAGGAAUGUGGAGCUUCAGCCUGGAGAACGGUUCUUUAGGACAGUAUCUGUCUUAGCGUCAUGUUUUGUUAAGGUUCUAGAAAGGCAGUUAGAUGACUAUCUAACAGGGGAUCUGGCUAACCCGACAGAAGCUUGCCCCUUUACAUAACAUUCAUAGUGAGAGGGUGCUGGGGAUGGUAGACAGUCAGUUUCACAGGGCCCCUAAUGCUUCUUUUGGUUUCGUUGAUGCCAAGGUUAAGUGCCAAGCCAACAAAACAAUGGACUGGUUGCUGGCAAAACCUGUUAAGGAGCAGAGCAGCUUGAUAAAAUUUGCAGUAAGGCAGGCUAGGAAGCAGAGAAAGGUUUUAGAGGAGAGGGUGCAAGUUAUGAGCAAGACUAUAAUGUCUAGACAGAUUGUUAUAGGUCAGAAAAGGGAUAAGACAGAAAGGAAAAAGGUUGAGAAAAAAGUUUUGGGGUGUUUAGAGAAAGAUGCAAGAUUCGGAAAUGAUAUUUUUGUUGCUCUUUCCACAGAGACCAAGCUAAUAUUGUCUUCCUUGCUUUCAGAAAGAUUUGACUGCCUUCCUCUGUCUAUCAGACAUGUGUGGGAUUUUGAUGGGAAAGAUCAAGUGUUUGAUGGAAAGAUAGUCAGAUAUGUGAAGAAAGGGCAAAAGAAGUGCUGCAGGAUUGUAUGGGACAGCGAAGGCCAGACAGACAUCCCUACAACUCAAAUAAUUACAGAUGUUGUAAUGGGAGAUUUCCAUUUUGUAUAGUUGUAUUUGAAUUUGUUUUCUAUUUUAUUUUGUUUCAUGUUAAUUUUAGUUUUAAUUUUGUUUUGUUUUCGUUUAAUUUUAUUUUUACAAUAUUAACCAUUUUUAAUUAAAUCAUAGCAAUUUAAAUUAUUGAUUGGGUUGUGUUUUUUUUCUUUCAAUGAUAGCAUUUUAGAAAAUAAUUGUAAAAAGAUUUUUCUUAAGAAUAGUGUUUUUUUUUAUAGAUAUAAAUAGUCUGUUUAAACCCUUUUGUUAAUAUAUGUAUUUAUUUCUGAGAAUUAAAAAAAAAUAGCUAGGAAACAUUUUUAGCUUCAGUGUACAAUUUUUUGAUUAUUUUCCUUCCGACAUGUAAGUACAAAGUUUUUUUUAAAGUAUUUCUUAGAAGUAUUUUAUAAAUUUUUACUAUUCAUUUUGUUGCUAUAUGUAUGAUCUAUGUCUCCUGAAAAUUUGAAAUAAAAAUAUUGAAAAAUAAAAAAGUUAUUCAAAUUUUUGUAGCUUCGGCACAGAAUUUUUUGAUUAUUUUCCUUCAGACAUGUAAGUGCAGAAUUUUUUAAAAGUAUUUCAUAAAAGUAUUUAAUUAAGCUUUACUGUUCAUUGUAUUGCCAAAUGCAUUAUCUAUGUCUCCUGAAAAUUUGAAAUAAAAAUAUUGAAAAAUAAAAAAGUUAUUAGAGUUUUCCUUGAAAAUUAACAAAAUUGGGUACCAAUUUUUUUUUUCUGUAACAAAGGCAAAUAAGAAAAAAAAAUAGAAAAAAAUCGUAACUUUUUUUCUAUUCAAGUUAGAAAAAUAACUUAAACACUUUUAGAAAUGGGAUGGCAAGCUCUACUAAAUGGAAUGCAUCAGAAUGCAAUCUGAGUAGUUUAAAUUUUUAUGUUGAAGUGCCUAAUCUAGGGCUAGGUGUAGUAAUGAUGAAGUUUAUCAGCUGAUGAAGCAGCUCCACCCCCAGCUAAUGUUCAAUGUAGAUCUAGAACUAGUUUAGCUGUCUCUAUAUCAUCUAGAUCUAAAUCUAAUCAGAUUGAGGUAGAUCUCUAGAUCUAUCAUCUAGGCACUGAAACAGAUCAAUUUCAGAAUUGUUCCACCAAGAAAUUGGGUUGUCAACUUAGACUUAGUCAGCACUGCAUCUAUUGAGCUGGAAUGUUGUUUUUUUUUCAUUGACAAUCACAUUGUUGAUAGUCUUGUCAGCAAAAUAAAUAGUAUUAAAUUGAACACACCUGCUAGAAUAAGAUCCAUUUUCAGAGAAUGGAGACCUAUAACUAUAAAGAGAGACAGAGUAUGUAAACACUGUAGGCAGGGAGAACAGUUUAUGAUUGCGCUGGAUGGGAGUCGAACCCACACAUUCAUAUUGACUGCUUCCAUGAAUAUCACAACUAGAAGGAAUAUUUAUAUAUUAAGUACAUGAAGAACUUUAAAAGAAAAUACUAUAAAUAUAUAUAGGCUGUACAGUUGGACUAGUUUUAGGGUAAAAGUGUUUUGUUUGAAGAGUGUUGCUUUUUUUAUGGGCUUUUUUGUUAAAGUAGUGACAUUGGAUUAUUAGUUCCAGUUUAUUAUUUUUUGCAUCUAUUGCUGUUUCUUCUAUGAUGUUCUGUAAACAAAUGGAUAAAAAUGAGAAAAAAAGCUAUUUGGACUCAAUUUGAACAAUAACUUUCUUUAAACAUGCACUUGGAUGGAUAUUUUCAAUGUCAGUUGGUGAGUUUUUUAUUUUUAAUUUUUAUAUUCAAAACCCAAAAUUACAAAAAUAACAUGAUUUGCAAACUAGAAAACAUAAGAAAUGAAGAGAGCAUCAAUUUCUCUUUAAUUCUAUAUCAAAUUUAUUAUUUUCCAAUAAUAAAUAAAAAAGUUAUACAAGUUAUAUCGAAGCAAAGUAGCGCACUCUUAAAUGGCGGAGAAAAUA